AUUGAAAGAGUAGAGAUCUCGCGAGCGUUUUGGCGAGUGGGCCUCUGCAAGAAGGUGUGCUUCAUGGCGGUUACGGAGGCUGCGAAUUUGUUGAAUUGUUAAAGCAUCAGUCUUCCUCCCCUUGGGGGCUUUUCCUGCCUCAGUCUGGUGGACCCACCGAUUAGCAGGUCGCGUAGGGAGGUGAAGCUCUGACGAUGGAGAAUGGACAGGGCACAGGCUCCAAGCUUGGCCUUCCGCCACUUACCCCAGAGCAGCAGGAGGCACUUCAGAGGGCAAAGAAGUAUGCCAUGGAACAAAGCAUUAAGAGUGUGUUGGUGAAGCAGACCAUCGCCCAUCAGCAACAACAGCUCACCAACCUGCAGAUGGCAGCAGUGACAAUGGGCUUUGGAGAUCCUCUCUCACCUUUACAAUCGGUGGCAGCUCAGCGGCAACGUGCUCUAGCCAUCAUGUGUCGGGUGUAUGUUGGCUCCAUAUACUAUGAGCUUGGUGAGGACACCAUCAGACAGGCCUUUGCCCCCUUUGGCCCAAUCAAGAGCAUUGACAUGUCCUGGGAUUCCGUUACAAUGAAACACAAGGGGUUUGCUUUUGUGGAGUAUGAUGUACCAGAGGCUGCUCAGCUGGCUCUGGAGCAGAUGAACUCAGUCAUGUUGGGGGGUCGAAACAUUAAGGUUGGGCGGCCAAGUAACAUCGGUCAGGCGCAACCCAUCAUUGACCAGCUGGCAGAGGAAGCGCGCGCCUUUAACCGAAUCUACGUGGCGUCCGUCCACCCUGACCUAUCAGACGACGACAUCAAGAGUGUGUUUGAGGCCUUUGGAAGGAUCAAGUCUUGCACGUUAGCCAGAGACCCCACCACAGGGCGACACAGAGGCUUUGGCUUCAUUGAGUAUGAAAAGCCUCAGUCAGCCCUGGAUGCUGUGUCUUCUAUGAACCUCUUUGACCUGGGGGGUCAGUACCUACGUGUGGGCAAAGCAGUGACUCCACCCAUGCCCUUACUGACCCCCACGACCCCUGGUGGUCUGCCGCCUGCUGCAGCUGUGGCUGCAGCGGCAGCCACCGCUAAGAUUACGGCCCAGGCAAGUAUGAAUCCCUUCCAAAGGGAUUUAAUGGCCUUCCAGGAGGCUGUAGCUGGCGCAUCAGUCUUGGGGGCGUUGGCUGCGCCCCAACUUCUCGGUCAACAGAUGGGAAUACCUCAGGCUGUUAUGGCUGCCCAGGCACCCGGGGUCAUCACAGGUAUGAGUGUGACUCCAGUGCGUCCUCCAAUACCAGUGCUUCCCCAGGUGGGUCUUGUGAACCCUGUACUCGCAUCACCACCAGUCCUGUCUAACCAAGCCGGUGGUUCCAACCAGCAAGAGAGGAAAGAGGAGAAAGAAGAGAUGUUACAGGAUGGUACAGGGCAGGAGAUGCUGAGUGACCAAGAGCACAUGAGCAUCUCAGGCAGCAGUGCCCGACACAUGGUGAUGCAGAAACUACUUAGAAAAUCAGAGUCCACGGUGAUGGUGCUACGAAACAUGGUAGGACCAGAGGACAUUGACGACGACCUUGAGGGUGAGGUGACAGAAGAGUGCGGGAAGUUUGGCUCUGUCAACAGAGUCAUCAUAUACCAGGAAAAGCAAGGUGAAGAGGAAGACGCGGACAUCAUCGUCAAAAUCUUUGUAGAGUUUUCCAUGGCCUCAGAAAUGAACAAAGCUAUCCAGGCCCUCAAUGACCGCUGGUUCGGCGGUCGCAAAGUUGUCGCAGAGGUUUAUGACCAAGAUCGUUUCAACAGCAGUGACCUCUCAGCGUAAAAAAUGUCUGAAAUGGUUCACCAGCGCCCAUCUCAAUACCGGUCGCCCAAAAUCAUUUCAGCCACAGUCACUGCAGCAAGAGAUGGGGGCCCCGCAAACCUGUAAUUAUGUUUUUAUUUCAGUUUUUUUAUUGCUGUUGAUAUCAAUGUUAAAACCCUCUGGGGAUUCAUUAAAUAUAUUUACUUGUUUUUUUUCUUUGUGAUUCUGUAAAGACUGUAUUUUUUUGGUGCAAGUUUCGAUUUUUUUGUUAUCCAUAUGUAUAAAUACUUUUCCCUGCUUAAACUCAUUUUCUUUUGUCUUUCAUGAGAUUUCUGGGACAUGUAAACACUUUUUCUUUCUACUAUUAAAGGUUAUUGUUUGUCCACA